AGCUGCUCAACUGGCAUCUACUUGAAUCAAUCAUGUCUUCGGCUAAGGGAAAAGCGCGGGAAAUUGGAGUGCCAAAGUGUAUUGGGAAACUUGUGGCAUUGUUGUUGUUGCUGGAUGGCGUUGGAAUGGCACUAUCUGCUGAGGUGGAUGUAGAAACUCGUCCACCGAAUGUUGUCCUCUUCAUAAUGGAUGACGUAGGGAUGGGAGACAUCGGUUGCUUUGGCAACCACACCAUCAAGACACCUAACAUUGACGGUCUUGCAAGGGAGGGAGCGAGGCUGACCCAACACAUGGCAAUGCCAUUGUGUACACCAAGUAGAGCUGCCCUAAUGACAGGGCGACUGCCCAUGAGAUAUGGUUUCGGAGGUAAGAGACGGCUGAGGGUUAUUCUUUUCACAUCAUCGGGUGGCGGUUUACCUUCAAACGAAACUACAAUAGCUGAGUUACUAAAACGAUCUGGAUAUGCUACUGCUCUCAUCGGUAAAUGGCAUCUGGGCAUUUCGUGUAAAGAGAACAAUUCUUGUUCGGAUCCUAAUUCGCAAGGGUUCGAUUACUUCUAUGGCCUCCCAGUCACCAAUUUCCGCGACUGUGGUACGGAGAACACCGUACAUGGGGCAUGGAACAAGCCCCGGAACGUUCGAGCUAAGAUGUGGGCUUCCGUUGGUGCCGCCUGUGUCAUUGGUUCCCUCCUUAUGUGGACAAAACUUGUUGGAAUUAGAGGUUUCGUGCUCCUCAUGGUUGUUGCUUUAGCAGGGAACGGUUUCUUUUUGGUGUACUGGAGAGAGAUUAAGAACAACUGCGUUCUUAUGGAGAAUCAUUCCAUUGUAGAACAGCCUCUUCUUUUGAAUGACCACCUCACAGAGCGACUACACACCCGUGCCAUUCAAUUCGUUGAGCAGAACCAAAACCAGCCGUUUCUACUUGUCAUGUCUUUUGUGCAGGCUCAUACAGCACUGUUUAACAAUAAGGAGUUCCGUAACCAUAGCGUCCAUGGUGACUAUGGAGAUAAUAUUGAGGAGAUGGAUUGGAGUGUAGGGGAGGUGUUAAAGACACUCAAGAGACUAGGUUUGGAGGAGAAGACGUUUGUGUAUCUGACGUCAGAUAACGGAGGUCAUGUUGAAGAGUUUACCGAUGCUGGUGAGCGACAUGGCGGCUGGAAUGGAGUCUAUAAAGGUGGCAAAGGCAGUACGUGGGAAGGAGGAAUCCGGGUGCCUACCAUCGUGAAAUACCCCGGGCAUAUACCAUCAGACACCGUGGUAUCUCAACCUACACAUCUCCCGGACGUCUUGCCCACCGUAGCACGAGUCACUGGAGCCCAACUCCCAGAUGACCGGGUGUACGACGGCCGGGAUAUGAUGCCACUUUUGACACACGCUGACCAUGCAGAGAAACAAGAAAUAUUACACGAGUUUAUGUUUCACUACUGCGGGGGCUUUCUUAACGCGGCUAGAUAUACACCCCAAAACGGUGACACCACGUACAAACUGCACUAUGCCUCAAGCCACCUGGUACCCGGCGUUCACGGUGUCAUGGGGUGUUUCGACGUAUUCUCAUGUGAAUGUAUAGGGACCAGCGUCGAUCGUCACGAUCCACCCCUGGUCUACGACCUUUCAAGUGACCCCUCGGAGGUCAAUCCACUAGACAGUAAUGACCCCAAAGUGAAGAUUGUUAUAAGAAAGGUCAAUGAGGCAGUGGCAAUUCACCGCGCAUCGCUCCCCCAUAAUACUGACCACCAGUUCGCACGUUUAAGUAUUCUGCCGCGGCCCUGGGAACGACCACGAUGUGGACGUUUUCCGCACUACACAUGUACUGAUCCUUAUUUAGAUCAAUUGAAAAAGCUUAAAGGAGAAAUGUAG